AUGUCAUCAACGCCACGAGAGAAAGAGAAGUCUAAAGUUCGUCUUCGAAAUAUUUUCGGACGUUUCUUUAGCGGCACAGCAACGAGUAAUAAUAAUGAGCUGGACGGUGCAGGAGUGGGUACACUGCCGUCAUCAGCUGCGAGCAUAGGUAAUGCAAACAAUAAUAACACCGCAUCGAAUAGUAGUGCGUCGUUUACGGGUCCAAACGAGAUCAGUUCACCUUAUAAUGCUGUUCAUCGAAUACAUGUCGGUUAUGACGGCAAAAAGUUCACGGGUCUACCGCAGCCGUGGUUGGACACGUUACUGCGUGACAUCAGUGAAGCAGAUCAGAAGAAGAAUCCAUCAGCCGUGGUCACUGCGUUGAAGUUCUAUGCGAAGACAGUGAUGACACAAGAAUCCGAAAAACAAAAAUUCAUGUUGACCAAAUCACAGUUGCCAUCUGACGACGAUAUUGACGAUGAGGAAAGCUCCAAUUCUCAUCCACAACGAACCAAAACCGAUAGUCUUGGAAAUAGUGAGUAAUUGUUGAAAUUUUUUUGGUUAUUUGUGCUAUUAUUAUUACUAUUAUUAUUACUGUUGUUGUAGUUACUAUUAUUGUUAUUAUUAUUAUUAUUAUUAUUAUUAUUAUGAUUACUGCUAUAAUCAACUUAAUUGUUACAAAUAGGAUUACAGUUCUUUACUGUUUUGUAAUAG